UGAUAGAGACAUGACUACUUAAACCCAGUUUGACUUGUUAGCACAUAUACAAUUCCUUACUACAUAAACUGUGCUCUAUUUAAGUGUUGUCGUAGUGAAACACAUUUUCAAUUAUUUUGAUUUAUUAAAAUGAGUUUGUGCGCAUUUGAUAUGGAUUAUCGCGUGAAAGCUUCGUUGCUGAUUGUACUUAUGCAUUGUACUUUGUUAACAUUGGCGGACACAGAUCUGGUUGGAUUUCAAAAGGUCCGGCAACAGCUAGACUCUCUAGGGCGGAUACAAAAUGUUGUUAUAUCCGACAAGGGUGUAUUUAUUUGUCGAUUCGGAAUAUGCUAUUAUAGCAGUUUUGAGGCCCUCAAUCGAAGGUUUCCCGGCCUUUUCCCAACUGUGGAGGAUUACCAAAUACAGACGGGCCUACCAUCGCUGUUGUCCAAUACAUGUUCGUACCUCAAAGCACAGAAUACUACGUCGCUCGGGCCCACCAUCGAGACAGAAUGCUCUAAGUUAGCUAUACCAGGGGAUGGGGAUGAUUGUUGUCAGACGUUCAAGUCCAUCGUUCCAUACACAAAUUACAGCAGUUACCGCAUUUUAUAUAAUUUGCAAGGACAGCAGUGUUAUACGCUACAGCUUUUCACGAUUGGUACAUGCGGGGAUUAUCCAGCAUCCAAUGAGUGCGCGAACUGUUUGCAGGACACCCACCUAAUGGCGUUGUAUGCCUACAACUACGUGACAAUGAGCGUGGGCUUUAACAAUUUUCAAAUACAAUCUUAUUGUUCUUGCAAGGCAUUGAGUUAAAAACAGAAGCAGCGGUUUGUGUCUCCCGGCUUUAUGUUAGAUUUCCAGUUCUGACUUGCCAUCUAAUUUAGUUGCUAAAUACAUUUAGUAUGUUUAUGUAAAUGUAUUUGUACAAAGAGUAUGUUAAAAACAAAGACAUCUAUGAAGUAGUCUGGUUGAAGUCCAAUUAAAGUUUAACAUUAUAAGAUUUAGAAUACAGAUUUGAAUUAAAUUUUAAGUACUUUUUA